UUUAGACCUCAGAGAAGCCUGCAGUCAGGUUCAAAGGCAGUUCUCUCCGUGCCUCACCCUCAGCUGACAGCACGAGAAGUCGGCAGCCGAAGGCAGGGAGAUUUACUCUCUUUUCUUGUCACAGCGGAAGAAUUAAAGCUUCUGGCCGGUUAAGAGGAGACUUUGAGGCGUUCAUCCAUCUACUUUUUAUUUGGUCAGCUGACUGAAAGCCAUAGCUGCGUUCAUUUGCUCCAUGGUGACCUGCUAGAGUUGGACAAUGUCAACCCCUCUCCCAGAGAUCUCUCCUCCAGGAAACACACGUGUGAAUAGCAGUAAUGAAAUGGAUUCUGCUGUCAUUGGAGGUGUCAUAGCUGCCGUGAUCUUUGUGGUUAUUUGCCUCUUUGUGGUAAUGAUCCGUUACCUGUACAGGCACAAGGGCACAUAUCACACCAAUGAGGCUAAGGGCACCGAAUUUGCCGAGAAUGCAGAUGUUGCUUUGAAGAAUGAUCCCAACUUCCAAGACUCUGUGGAUGAAAGUGAACAACCAGACGCUUGAGAAUCAUACCUUGGAAUACUACGUUGUUCGUGUUUGUUCCUGGAGGCUAGACUUUACAUCAUUGCCUAUCAAACUGAUCAUAGUUGGAGACUUGACAAGCAUUCAUCUUGUGGCUGGGGGACAAUUGUUACAUCACAGAAGAAAGUAUUCAAACCCGUGAACUUUUUGCAAGAGUAGCCCAAUCGCUCCCAUUCCCCAAUUCCUUCCUAAAGUUCCGUAAAUACUUCUUCCUCUCAUACCAACUCAGAUUUUUUUGAAAGCCAAUACUGCAAAAUGAUUCUAUUAAUGUUCCAGUAUCAAUGGAAGGAAGUUUAACCAAUUUGGCAAAAGACCAAAGGAGAUAUCAGGAGUACUUUUAACAUGCUUAAUAGUUAAGAUCAGAAAUGCAUUGCCUUAAAGUACUUGAAAUAUUAGUCAUGUUCCUCUCUCCUGAAUUAUUGAAUAUUUUCUGAUUUUGGAUUUUGAUUCAGUAGUUUGUUUCUGGAACGCAAGAUGAAUUUGAAUAGAAAUACUUAACUCACCUGGAACACUUUUUUUUCUAAAGGCAGUUAUCUCUAAUCAAUACCCAUUGUGUAACCUGCACUAACAUUUCCCAAACAUUUUUCUUGUGAUCCGUUAGAAGAAAAGUUAUAACUAUUUUAAUUUAAAUCAGUUUUCUGACUCUUAUUUUCAAAAAGUCACACAAUGCUAGCUUUAACCCUUCUCUUUAAAUAAUGAUACAAUUAAACACUAACUUCACAUGCAAGUAGUUCUUUUUAAAAUACAGUAAUGAAGCAGUUUUAAAUUUCAACUUAAGAUUGAGUCCAUUUAUUUCCUUCUUCCUUUCAUUUAAUCAGAAUAUUUUUCAUAUACAUCCUAAAAAGGGUCUCAGCUUGAAAUAUUAACAGUUUAUUAAUUUCCAGAGGUGCUGCCUGGCCUGCUGAACUCCUCCAGAAUUGUGUGUGUGUGUUGCUGUGCAGAAUCUCUUGUGCUUAAGAAUUUUCAUGAGGAUCAGAAUCAGAUUCAGUUUAUUAUCACCGACAUGACAUGAAAUUUGUGGUUUUGCGGCAGCAGUACAGUGCAAGUCAUAUAAAAAAUAUUACAAGCUGUGCAAGAUAAGAGGCAUAGAUCAAGUUGAUAGCAAUAAACCUUGUCCCGGGAUGGAAAUGGAUAAUGCCAAGGGGCAUAAUUUUAAGGUGAUUGGAGGAGAGUAUAGAGGGGAUGCCCAGUUCUUUGCACAGAGAGUGGUGAGUGCACGGAACACCUGCCAGGGAUUGUGGUAGGGGCAGAUACAUUAGCAGCAUUUAAGAAACUCUUAGGCUACGUCCACACUAUGCCGGAUAAUUUUGAAAACGCCGGUUUCGAGUAAAAACGACAGGCGUCCACACUAAGCAUUUUUCAAAAUAUCUCUGUCCACAUUAGACGGAUUUUUGGGUGAAUCUCCUCCUGCUGGGCAUGCGCAGGACACACAGAAAACAAGCGAAGAGGAAACGGUAUACUUGGUGCGUGCUUGUCCAGUUACAGAGUAGAAAAACUUAAAAGGAAAUGCUAUUGGCUCUCGCACAGGAGGACUUAAAACUAAAAGAAAAAACAAAUACUGGAGCAUAUGGAGGCAACCAACAGGGAAUUCACAGACAGUAUGACCUGGCUGACGACGAACUUUGAAAAACUGGCUAACUCUGUUGCAUUAAUAAAGCACCUUGUUAAUUGUAUAAAACAUGUCUGCGUCAGUGUUAUCUUGUACUUCCACACUAUGUUAUAUUAGGCUGUUACACAUUUAUUGUCAGAGAAGUACUUGCAUAAAUAGGUAAAUCACCUUGGUUCUUGGUUCUUGAUCCUCCAAAACAUUCCGCAUGGAAUUUAAACUGGAGGUGGCGGAGGGUGUUUUCUGUCCUUACCUUCAUACAAGCAAGGACAGAAACAGGACAAAGUGAGUAUAUUUAUUUAUUCAGUAAGCUAUGGGUCAAAGUAUUUGGUGACGACAUUUCUAACUCUUCUGGCUUCAGUCUCGUUGCCGUCUGUUCUGAAAUUGUUAGGUUCUGUGAAACGCAGAAUCAAAUAUCGUUGUGAUGAUUGUAUGCUCUAAACAAUAAAGUAGUAAUAAUAAUAAGGAUAAGAAUAAUAAGAAGAAAACAAUGAAAUGCCGUGCUGCCGCCAUUUGUUCCAGCAUGUCCUGACAGCGGUCAUAAAAAGCUCAGGUUACCCUGUACACACUGCAAUGGAUAUUAGGCGUUUUCAGAAUUAUUCACUCUGGAGACCAUUUCUGAAAAUCUCCAUUCAGUGUGGACAGAAGGUCAAAACAAAGAGAAAAAGCUUCGUUUUCAAAAUUAUCCGGUGUAGCGCGGAUGUAGCCUUAGUUAGGCAAAUGGAUGACAGUAAAAAGGAGGGCUAUUCUGUAGGGAAUAGAUAGUUUGAUUUCAGAGUAGGCUGAUAGGUCAGCACAGCAUUAUGAGCCAAACUCCUGUAGUGUGCCUGUUGUUCUGUGUUACAGUAAAUAAAUAAAUAAACGGCGCAAAGCAGGUGCUUAUGAACCAUUCAGACAUCUGAUGGCAGAGUGGAAGAAACUGUUCCUAAAGUGUUAAGUGUGUGUCUUCAGACACCUGUAACUUCUCCCCAAUUGUAGUAAUGAUAGGAGAGCAUGUCCCAGAUGGUGAGGAUCUUUAAUGGUUGAUUAUCUUCUUGAGGCACCACUCUUUGAAGAUGACCUUGGUGGUGGGGAGGCUAGUACCCAUGGUCACCCACCCAUUUCUGGUCCUUGUGUCAGCUGUACAUUCACCUGGCGUCGCAUGAGUGCAGAAUGGAACAGGGAGCUAUAGAGUCCAGAACACCAACAGUUUCUCCUUUAGUGGGCUUCCAGGCCUUGGAUCCUGAGCCCUGAUUCUGAACAGAUCAACACCUACAUGCUUAAUUCUGGCUGUAGGAGCAGUGGUACACUUUCUGCUGAUGUCUGUGAGGAAUUUGUACAUUCUUUCUGUGAGCAUGUGUUUCUUCCGAAUGCUCUGGUGUCCUCGCACAUCCCAGGUUUGUAGGUUAAUUGGUCAUUUGGAUAUACUGGGUGGUGCACGCUCCUUGGGCUGGAAUGGGCCUGUUACCGCACUGUAUCCUUAAAGGAAAAAAUAAUAUUCCAUUCCAAAAUAAACUUGCAUUUUUUUCAUGCAACACUACAAAUGGGGAUAAAUUUCCUUGGCAAACAACAUUAGCUUUCACUUUGCAUACACCAUAUUUAGAUUUGACUUUGUAGCACAAUAGUGUAGCAGAUACCUUAGUGUUUUACAAUACCAGCUGUAAGAUUCCUGAUACCGUCCAUAAAAUCAUGCUAUGACUGUGUGUGUUACCCUCAGGUGCCCAGUUUCCUCCAACAUCUUAAAGACAUAUGGUUAGGGUGCGUAAGUUGUUAACAUGCUAUGUUGGUGUGGAAAUUGUAGUGAUAUUUGUGGUUAUUGAUUCAAACAACACGUUUUUCUGUAUAUUUCAACGUUUUGAAGUAUAUGUGACAAAUUCCUGCCACUGUCUGUAACGAGUUUGAAGUUUCUCCUCAAGACCACAUGGGGUUCCUCCAGGUACUCCGGUUUCCACCUACAGCCUAAAGGCAUUCAUGUUGGAAGGUUAAUUGGUCAUUGUAAAUUUUCCCGUGAUUAGGCAACAGUUAAAAUCAGGGGUUGCUGGGAAGUGAGGCUCAAAGUGCGGGAAGGGCUUACUUCAUGCUCUCCCUCAAUAAGAAAAUAAAUAAAGCUAACCUUUAAUCUUUACCAGCAUCAUAAUAUGGGAUUCGGACAUCCAAAUGCAGUUCAGGGACAAUAAUAAGAGGCAAAACUUUUUAUAAUUAUUAUAUUUCACCUAGCAGAACUCUAUAUUCACUUAGUGAUACAGCGACAAACAGGCCCUUCCAGCCCAGCAAGCUGUAUCGCCUGGCAACCCACCUUAUCAUAGGGCAAUUUGCAAUGACUUAUUAAUCUACUAUCCUGUAAGCCUUUGGACUAUGGGAGGAAACUGGAGCACAUGGAAGAAAUUCUCUUGUUCAUAAGAAGAAUACAGACUCCUUACCUAUCGCAUUAAAAUUGAACUCUGAACUCUGAGGAACAAAGCAGGCUAUCACUUACUAAGGAUAAGGAAGCUGUUUGGUUUUCCCAGUGGUAAACCUCGAGUUUAGUGACAUCACUUGUCUGGAAUUAAAUCUGGCAAUAAGCAUUCAACCAGACUGUCUACAUUAGCUGUAAACAUUCUUGGGUGUGCAAAUAAAGGAUAGGGUGCUUCCCCAACAUCAUCUGUUCAGGGGAAGCACUCUACAAUUCAUACAGUUGUAAAAUCUUCCAAGCAUAAAGGACAGAGUUUGGUUCAUUGUGCCUUCUAACAUCUGGAAGACUCUCUCCAGCUAUUGAAAUAAAGCAAUAAACUACAGAUGUUUGAAAUCUGACAGAAGAACAAAAUGCUGGAAACACUCAGUAGGCAAGGCAGCAACUGUGGAGAAAGAAAAAAGGAAAGAGUCCAGGAGACUGAAACAAAGAUUUCCUUAACUGACAUACUCUGCAUUUCACACUUCCAACUUCUCUGUUUCUUUUCUCUAAUUGGUGGACCAGGAAGGCACUGCUAUAGUCCACGUCUCUGCACUUCAUAGACAUUCCUUUUGUUUUCUCUAUUUUGCUCCCCUAUCAACGUGUUGGGAGAUUGGUGAUAUGGAAUACUGCAAGUCUGGUUCAUUGGCUCAUUGGCGAGGCCGAUGGGAGGGGUGCUGUGGUUCAGCUGUGGUGAGGACUAGGCCUAGGCCAAGGCCAAGGCCAUGGGUCUUGCGGUCACCUGUGGCAAUUGCACAGGGGAAGAGACAGUGAGGUUGUGCUGCCCUCCAGUGUUUGCUCAGUGGAAGAACAAGCUGGACCAGGACAACUUAGUCAUGCUACACAGGGACUUGGGCUAUAUAUUUUUUUUCUUUUUGUGAUUGUAUGUUUUUUUUUCUGAAAUCAUAGCCAUAUGUGCAGUGUGCUAUUCUUAAUGUGUUUUACACCCUGACCCUUGAGGAACACUGCUUUGUUAGGUUAAGGUGCAGUUGACUGAUAAUUGAAAUUAAACGUACACUUGUUUUCAAACUUCAAAGUAAGAUUCUUAUUCAAGUACUAUGUGUUAUCAUAUACUUCCCUGAAAUUCAUUUUCUUGCAGGCAUUCACUGUAGAAUAACAAAAUACAAUAGAAGCAAUGAAAAAACUACACACAAACAGUUGGUUGUCAGUCAUAUCCAGCAAUGACAGGAGACUUGUGCAGCAGAUGUUUAAAGUGGAAAAGCCAUUGCACUGGGACAGUGCACACACAAGCAAAGACUGACAAACAACCUUUGUGUAAAA